UUGGACUUAGAACAACCUUGGCCCAUCUUUAAGCCAGUUGCUACUACAUUUACUUCUUUCAUUUUAUUGUCAAUGUAUAUAAGGUGAGUUCCAUGUUUACAUUGUCAAAGUUUUAAUUCCUAUUAGAAUUGAACAUUUUUAUCAUAGUCGGUUUAUAGUGAAACUGUAAUUUAGGUCUGCAAACGUAUCAUUUUCAUUAUUUUAGAAAAUAGUUUCAACUGACACAAUAUUUCCUCAAGCUGUUACUGAAUGGAAUCGAAUAAUCAACAAGCAAAUGUUAAGAAGCCUAUCCGCGUAUGGGUUGAUGGAUGGUAGUUGUCCCCCAUUUCAUUUGAAUUAAAGAUAAUCUUUACUUCUUUGAUGAAUAGUUUUGACCUAGUUCAUUUUGGUCAUGCAAAUGCUCUCCGUCAAGCUAAAGCUCUUGGUGAUCAACUUAUUGUCGGUGUUCAUUCAGAUAAGGAAAUUACAAAACAUAAAGGUCCACCAGUUUUUCAUGAACAAGAACGUUAUCGACUUAUCAAGGCUAUGAAAUGGGUAGAUGAGGUAGUAGAAGAUGCACCAUAUUUCACUUACUUAGAAACGUUGGAUAAAUAUUCAUGUGAUUUCUGUGUACAUGGAGAUGAUUUAGUUGUAUCCAAUGAUGGAUCAGAUCCUUAUGCUGAAGUGAAGGUAGGAAAUCGAUACAGAGAAGUAAAACGGACUGAAGGUAUAUCUACUACAGCAUUAGUGUCAAGGAUGUUGAAACGUAUUCAGCAACUACAGGAUAAAGGUGCUUAUGCAUCUCAGUCGAGUUCAAAUACAGAACAAUCAAUUCGGCGUACACAAUCAUUAGAUUCUAUAUUAAAAUCUAAGGAUACAUUUACUCACCCACGUAAGACAAAAGAAACCCUUUCACCUAUAUAUCCUGGAUUGAAUUCCGCACAUUCCAGAGGAGAUGAAGUCGAUUCAAUCAGUGUUUCUAUUUGGUCAACAGGUGGAAUGACCUAUAUGCCAAAUAUAUUAAGAAUAAGUCAAUUUUGUGCUGAUCAAUUCCGUGAACCUGGUCCUAAUGAUACAGUUGUCUAUGUACCGGGUACAUUCGAUCUAUUCCAUAUCGGUCAUUUGUCCUUCCUUGAACAAUGUUUAAAACUUGGCAAUUAUCUACUGAUUGGAUUACAUUCCGAUAAGACAUCAUCGUUUGAAAGUGGUCGAAUGGGAUCAAUUCUUACACUGCAAGAACGCUUAUUAUCUGUAUUAGCCUGUCGUUAUGUGAGUAAUGUAAUUAUUGAUGCACCAUAUGUUAUUCCUGCAACACUUUUGGAUCAUUUUAAGGUUAAUUAUGUGGCGAUUGGUUGGGAUAAAAAUCUUACGCCAACCCUUGAAGGUUUAGAUCCAAUGAUGAUUUGUAAAGAAAGAGGUAUUCUACGCAGAAUAGACAGUGGAUGUAAUGUUACAACUUCUAUGGUUAUAUCUCGUAUUAUGCAGAAUAGGUUACUCUAUGAAGAACGAAACAGAAAGAAGGUUAAUAAAGAACUUCAAUUGGCCAGUACACUUACAACGAAUUCAAAACUGUCUAACUGAUCGCCUCUUAUAAUUUUUCGGUUAUUUAUUAUUAUUAGUUUAUUUCCAUGUUGGAGGGAUCUUCUUUCUCCUGUUUUGCUUUUUCUUCUAUUCUUAUGAAAUGUUUUUCUAUGUUGUCUGUUCUCAAUAUGUAUACCUAUAAAUAUAUAUAUAUAUAUAUACUUCUUUCGAAAAAAUUUUGAGGAUUGUAUAACUAAAAAUGAAUGAAUAACUUAUAGUUAUUCAAAUGAAUGUUUUCCUUUUGCUGAAGUUAUUGAUUUUAAUCAGGGAUUUGACUGACUGAUUAAUCGAUUGAUUGAUUUCACUUGUAAUCAUGAAUUGACUUCAGUUAAAGAACCAUUGAAAACCAAAGGAGGAGUAGUAGUGUGGUGAGAGCAGGCCGUGAGAAAAUAUGAGCAAGGCUGAUUCAACAACCAGUCACAGCAAAGUU